CGCGGAUAGGAAGGCGAGGUAUUAAACGAAUCUGGUGUAUCCGCUGGGGACGGGAGACGAUUGCGAGGCGAGUGCAAUAGUGGAUUGUCUCGCUGAUGUUCCAAGAGACACUGAAGAUACUGGAUUUUUCGCUAUGGAUCAGUCGAGGUACGAGUGGGCGGGAAAACGCCAGAUUUUCCGUCUCAUUGCCGUUGAAGUGAUUGUCAUGGUACUCAUGGGAUUAUUCGUGAGUUAUGGGCCCGAUGCCAGUGGGAAUCCCCCAACUGUGAACGAGAAUCAACGAGACCAGCAAGAGACGAGGAAACCCAAUGAUGUGUACCCAAUGUACCAGGACGUUCACGUAAUGAUAUGGAUUGGUUUUGGAUUUCUCAUGACGUUUCCGAAACGAUAUGGCCAGAGUGCCCUCGGACUGACAUUCCUGGUCGGCGCUAUUCUCAUUCAGGUGGCAAUGAUCUGCGAGGGUGUCGUUAACGUCACGAAAAGUGGGAAGGCGCCUUUGUCGUUGAUGAGUUUAUUAAAUGCAGACGUAGCAGUGGCAGCGCCGCUUAUUUCGAUGGGCGCAGUGCUGGGUAAAACCACCUACAUGCAAUUGAUUUUCAUGGGGAUCAUAGAACUCGUGGUAUUCUCCUUCAACAAGUACAUCGGGGAAGAGUACUUCAUGGCCGCUGAUGCUGGGGGCAGUAUGUUUGUUCACGUUUUCGGGGCUUAUUUCGGUCUCGCUGUGAGUUUCGCAUUUGGAAUGAAGAAUCGACCGAAGGAACACCAUCUGGAGGGGUCGUCCUAUCAGUCCGAUAUUUUCGCCAUGAUUGGAACGAUAUUCCUGUGGCUGUUUUGGCCAUCGUUCAACGCAGCGACUCUCCAGGGAAACGAUCAGCAGCGAGCGAUAAUCAAUACUUUAUUAGCAAUCGCCGCGAGUUGUGUCGCCUCAUUUGCUGUAUCUGCUCUAGUAUCGGAGGAGAGUAAAUUUAAUAUGGUUCACGUGCAGAAUUCAACACUCGCCGGUGGAGUUGCUAUUGGCACCGCCUCGAACAUGAUGUGCGAGCCCAUUGGAGCACUUGCUAUUGGAUCGAUGGCCGGUGUGAUAAGCGUGCUGGGAUACAAAUAUCUUACGCCGAUGAUCCAACAACGAUUGAGAGUGCACGACACCUGUGGAGUUCACAAUUUGCACGGUAUGCCAGGAGUACUCGCGGGUGUAUUUGGUGCCCUUAUGGCGGGAUUGGCGACAGAGGAAAGGUACAAAGAAUCCUUUUAUCAAGUAUUUCCGGCCCGGGCACCCAGUGCGGGCGAGGAAUCCGCAGAAUUGCGGGUUUACUCGGGCAUCCUCGCCGGUCACGAUAGAACAGCUGGCGAGCAAGCUGCAUAUCAAUUGUUGGCGCUCAUCAUUACUCUUGUUAACGCACUGGUCUCUGGUGUAAUCACUGGAAUGAUUUUGCGGACGGAUAUUUGUGGCUCAGUGCCGGAAGCAAGUAAAUUUGAUGAUGCACUUCAUUUCGAGCUGGAGGAUGAUGCGGAGCAAGAUUUACCGAUGAAAAUACCCGAGGGAAAUUCUACCCGAAUUGUUGAACAAAUAUCCAUGAGUCAUAUUUAAUUAGGAGACCGAGGGAGAAAUAAAGAGUGGAGGAAAAAUUGUAGACAAAGGAUGGCGCAGUGGGUCUAAUAAAGAGGAAUAUUUGAAUGUUUAA